AUGAGGACACAAGCAGCGACCGGUAAAGUGGCUGAAUGGACUUACCGCAACCCCAACGGACUGCAACCUUUUGUCGCCUUCGCCGACGACUACGCAUCACCCGGACGUCUGCACUACAACGUCCCCCCGCUUCACGUGGAAUCAAAAACACCAUCCGUCCCCAUCACCACCGUCCCCCGCUCUAUGCAAUGGCGUGGCUACAACGGAUCAAAAUCCUUCUUCGCUCAACAGCCACCACCGGGUAGUGCAUCCUUCCUCCUCCAUGGUGGCUACGCACCACAUCGCACCAACGUCGACUUCGUCAUCAACAAGCAGACCGAUCCUCCCCCGACAAGCCUGCCCUGCAACAGCAGGAGCAUUGCCGCCAAAUCAAACAGCUACAGCAUGAGGAAUGCAACCCUUCCUGACACCCAUCCCAGUCACAUCCAAGUUCCCAAUUCACGGGUGUGGCGAUUCGAUGGACGCGACCACGACUUCCCAAACACACCUUCUUGA